AGGAGGAGGAGGAGUAGGAGGCAGAGGGUGAGCACGCUCGCAGACUCUGCAGGAACACACGGCAGCAGCAGAGGCAGCAGCAGCGGCAACGUUGGCCCGAACCAGGUAGUCCCCCGCAGGAUCUGCACACGCCAACGCCGUCCAGACCCCUGCUACCAACGCCAUGGCACAAGCGGCCAAACAUCUCCGCAAGAACAAGGAUUUAGAAGCCCAGCUAGAGCAGGAGCGCAAAGAGAAGGAGGAGGAGAGGGUCAAAAAGAGGAGUCGCUCACGGGAUAAAAAGCGCAAGGCCCACGCCGUGCAUCGCUGGCUAAUCGAUCAGGACAGUAGUGUGAGCUCUGAGAUGCCGGAUGGCCAAGGAGUAUGGCACUAUGAUGAUGAAGCAGAUGCUGGCAACAGUUUUCUCAGAGCGGCCCGUUCUGGCAACUUGGACAAGGCCCUGGAUCAUAUCAAAAAUGGCAUUGAUAUAAAUACAGCCAAUCAGAAUGGGCUCAACGGGCUGCAUCUGGCCUCGAAAGAAGGCCACGUCAAAAUGGUGCUGGAGCUACUCCACAAUGGAAUCGUACUGGAAACCACCACAAAGAAGGGGAACACGGCCCUGCACAUCGCAGCCCUUGCAGGGCAGGAGCAGGUGGUCACAGAGCUGGUCAACUACGGGGCCGAUGUCAAUGCUCAGUCGCAGAAGGGUUUCACUCCACUUUACAUGGCUGCGCAAGAAAACCAUCUAGAGGUUGUGAAGUUUCUUCUGGAGAAUGGAGCCAAUCAGAGCAUUCCAACUGAGGAUGGAUUUACUCCUCUCGCCGUGGCUCUUCAGCAGGGACAUGAAAAUGUUGUGGCCCUGCUCAUCAACUAUGGCACCAAGGGAAAGGUCCGCCUCCCUGCGCUACACAUUGCAGCACGCAACGACGACACACGCACUGCCGCUGUGCUUCUGCAGAACGACCCCAAUCCUGAUGUACUCAGCAAGACUGGAUUCACGCCCCUCCAUAUUGCUGCACACUAUGAAAACCUGAAUGUAGCUCAACUGCUGCUCAAUAGAGGAGCCAAUGUCAACUUCACCCCAAAGAACGGAAUCACUCCUGUGCACAUUGCAUCCAGACGGGGGAACGUGAUCAUGGUACGGCUCCUGCUGGACAGAGGGGCGCAGAUCGACGCCAAAACCAAGGAUGAGCUGACUCCUCUGCAUUGUGCAGCCAGAAAUGGUCAUGUCAGGAUCAUAGAGAUCCUGCUGGACCACGGGGCCCCCAUCCAGGCAAAGACCAAGAAUGGCCUGUCUCCGAUCCACAUGUCAGCGCAGGGCGACCACAUGGACUGUGUGAAGCAGCUUCUGCAGUACAACGCAGAGAUUGAUGACAUCACACUGGACCACCUUACUCCUCUGCAUGUGGCGGCACACUGCGGCCAUCACCGCAUGGCCAAAGUACUGCUAGACAAAGGGGCCAAACCCAACUCUCGGGCACUGAAUGGCUUCACUCCUUUACAUAUUGCUUGUAAAAAGAACCACAUGCGUGUGAUGGAUCUCCUGCUCAAACACUCUGCAUCAUUAGAGGCUGUGACUGAGUCGGGCCUGACCCCUUUGCAUGUGGCAUCAUUUAUGGGUCAUCUCAACAUCGUGAAGAUCCUGCUGCAGAAAGGAGCUUCCCCCAGCGCCUCCAAUGUGAAAGUGGAGACUCCUCUCCAUAUGGCAUCACGGGCGGGACACUAUGAGGUGGCAGAGUUUUUGCUGCAGAAUGCGGCACCGGUGGACGCCAAGGCCAAGGACGACCAAACCCCUUUACAUUGUGCUGCUCGGAUGGGCCACAAGGAGCUUGUGAAGCUGCUGCUGGAGCACAAAGCCAACCCCAAUUCCACCACCACAGCUGGACACACACCCCUACACAUAGCUGCCCGGGAAGGGCAUGCACAAACAGUUCGAAUCCUAUUGGACAUGGAGGCUCAGCAGACGAAGAUGACCAAGAAAGGCUUCACUCCGCUGCAUGUGGCCUCCAAGUAUGGCAAGGUGGAUGUAGCAGAGCUGCUGCUGGAGAGAGGAGCCAACCCUAAUGCUGCAGGGAAGAAUGGCCUGACUCCUCUGCAUGUUGCUGUACAUCACAACAACCUUGAUGUUGUUAACCUGCUUGUCAGCAAGGGAGGAUCGCCACAUAGUGCAGCCAGGAACGGCUACACUGCCCUCCACAUAGCCUCCAAGCAGAACCAGGUAGAGGUGGCCAAUAGCCUGCUGCAGUAUGGAGCCUCAGCCAAUGCUGAGUCACUGCAGGGAGUCACACCUCUCCACCUGGCCUCGCAGGAAGGAAGACCCGACAUGGUCUCCCUGCUCAUCUCCAAACAGGCCAAUGUCAACCUUGGCAACAAGAGUGGAUUAACCCCACUCCACCUGGUGGCACAGGAAGGACAUGUUGGCAUCGCUGAUAUCCUGGUGAAGCAGGGAGCCUCAGUCUAUGCUGCCACACGGAUGGGUUACACCCCUCUCCAUGUAGCUUGUCACUAUGGCAACAUCAAGAUGGUGAAGUUCCUCCUGCAGCAACAGGCCAAUGUCAACAGCAAAACAAGGCUGGGAUACACUCCUCUGCACCAGGCGGCCCAGCAGGGACACACAGACAUUGUGACUCUGUUGCUGAAGCAUGGAGCCCAGCCCAACGAGACCACUACAAACGGCACUUCAGCCCUCGCCAUUGCUAAGAGGUUGGGCUACAUAUCCGUGAUUGACGUCUUGAAGCUUGUCACCGAGGAGACAGUUUCCAUGACGACCACAGAGAAACAUCGCAUGAGUUUCCCUGAAACAGUGGAUGAGAUACUGGAUGUUUCUGAGGAUGAAGGAAUUGCACAGCUAACAUUAGGAGAGGAGCUCUUGGGGACAGAAGGUGCCAGGUACAUGAAGAUGGAUGACAUGAAAGACCAUGAUGACGAUUUCCUCUCCCCCAAGAAAUCACUGGAGUACGAGAGAGGGCUGGGCACAGCAAAUUACUCGCCAGCCAUUCCCAGGAUCCCGCGUGUCUCUCCAGAGACUGUUAUCCUGAAAGAACAUGAGAUAGAUCAGCAACACACUCCACUUCCACUACCCAAAGAAUAUGAUGAGGACUCACUGAUUCCCAGCAGCCCUGCAACUGAGACAUCAGACAAUGUCAGCCCAGUCGCCAGUCCCAUACACACAGGGUUUCUGGUCAGUUUUAUGGUGGAUGCUCGUGGUGGCUCUAUGCGAGGCAGCAGGCAUAAUGGUCUGCGUGUCAUCAUACCUCCGCGGACCUGUGCAGCCCCCACCCGCAUCACCUGCCGCCUGGUGAAGCCACAGAAGUUGACCAGCCCCCCUCCACUGGUGGAAGGAGAGGGGUUGGCCAGCAGGAUCAUCUCCCUGGGUCCAGCUGGCAUGCAGUUCUUGGGACCAGUGAUCGUGGAGAUCCCCCACUUUGCUGCUCUGGGUCGUGGUGACCGGGAGCUUGUGGUGCUGAGGAGCGAGAACGGCUCUGUCUGGAAAGAACAUCGCAAUCGCUACGGCGACGAGGUGCUGGAAACAAUCCUCAACGGGAUGGAUGAGGACUUAGAAAGUCAAGAGGAGCUCGGGAAGAAGCGAAUUCGCCGCAUCAUCUCUACUGACUUCCCCCUUUAUUUUGCGGUUGUAUCACGCGUCCAGCAAGAGAGUGAUCUGAUUGGGCCAGAGGGAGGUUCGCUGACAAGUAAAUUGGUGCCGAUGGUCCAGGCCACAUUUCCAGAGACGGCAGUCACCAAACGAGUCCGACUGGGGCUGCAGGCUCAGCCAGUUCCAGAUGAACUAGUAGCAAAGCUGCUGGGUAACCAGGCAAACUUUAGUCCUGUUGUCACUGUGGAGCCUCGGCGGCGCAAAUUCCACCGACCCAUCGGCCUGUGUAUACCUCUGCCCCCAUCCUGGAGGGAAAGCCCCAGAGACUCUGGGGAGGGUGACACCACCAGCCUGCGUCUGCUUUGCUCUGUCAUAGGUGGCACAGCACCCGCCCAGUGGGAGGACAUCACUGGCACAACCAAGCUUAUGUAUGCUAAUGAAUGUGCUAGUUUUACAACCAAUGUGUCAGCACGAUUCUGGCUCGCAGACUGUCCUCGGACGGCCGAGGCCGUCUCCUUUGCCAACUUGCUCUACAGAGAGUUGUCUGCUGUACCCUACAUGGCCAAGUUUGUGGUGUUUGCAAAGAUGAAUGAACUCCGCGAGGGACGCCUGCGCUGCUACUGCAUGACCGACGAUAAGAUGGAUAAAACCCUGGAGCAACAUGAGAACUUCACAGAGGUGGCUCGCAGCAGAGACAUAGAGGUGAUGGAGGGAAUGCCACUUCACCUGGAGUGUUCAGGAAAUCUCGUGCCAGUGAGGAAGGCCACCCAGCAGCCCCGCUGCUUCAGCUUCCAGGCCUUCAGAGAUAACCGACUCCCUGUCUCUGUUAAGGUUAGAGACAGCAGUAAAGAGCCCACUGGAUUUUUGUCUUUCCUGCGCAAAUCCACCAAGUAUGAGGACAGUCAACAUGUGCUCUGUAACCUCAACAUUACCAUGCCGCCAUGUAUCAAGAUUGUGGGAAGUGAAGACCGGAGGAGAACUCUGACCCCACUGGCGUUAAGAGAAAGAUACAAUGCCCUAAAUGAGCCUGCAAUGGCGUCAAUGACUGCCAUGGAGAGGACUGAGCUGAAAAUGGCUGUGAUUGCAGAACAGUUGGGACUGAGCUGGGCUGAGUUGGCACGUGAGCUUCAGCUCAGUGUGGAUGACAUCAAUAAGAUCCGUGUGGAGAAUCCGAACUCCCUGCUGGAGCAGAGCUCUGCACUGCUCAACCUGUGGGCCACUCGCGAGGGCAAGAGAGCCAAGAUGGAGAGCUUGUACACAGCUCUGAAGAGUAUUGACCGUAUGGACAUUGUCACCAUGUUAGAGGGCCAGCCACCUCAGCCUGCGAGACAAGGCUCCCGUGAUUUCAGCAGACGCCGACACACUGAGAGAGACCACCUCUCCCCUGGUAUUACCAAUGGUUAUGGGCUCGUGCAGGAAGAACUUCUCUCACCGGCCUCCAUGCAGUACAGUUUGCCCUCCCCGCUGGGCGCUGAGCCUUUCUGGCAGGAAGUCUCCAGUCUGGAUUGUGCCCCCAUUGCCACCACAGAAGAAGACACCCUAAUGGAGAUGUCUGAUGUGCAAGUGUGGCCCUCAGGCAACAGUCCCUCCCUGGUGCCUGUGGAAGACUCCUCGCUGGAGUGCAGCAAUGCUGAUGACUCAGAAGGUCUGCUGGGUCUGCCGUAUGGAAGUCUGGGUCGGCCGGCCAGUCAGGCCAGUGCAGCCAGUGGAGGGGGUGGGGUGCUGAGUGGCUCCAUUGAGCUGCCUGAAGACGAUUCAGAGAUGGGCGUUGACUCGCUCAGCACUGCCACGCCAGCCUCACUUGGGGGCACCAUCGCUGGGAUCAAUCUUAACGGGCUGAACAAUGGUCAGGGGUCAGAGGCAAGCUUGGAGGUAUCAGCAGUCACCAGUACAACUGGUGGUGAUGGAGCUGGAGGAGAAGGAGGAAGAGGAGGAGGGACGGGCUCAGACGAAGGGAUUUCUCUUGUUGCAGGACAGCAAAGGGUGUAUGCUCGGCUGAGUGAGUCACCUGGUCUGAGCUGUGUUGCUGAUCGAAAUGGAGACAGGUCAGGUAAUGGGGGAAACGGAGGUGGUGGAGGCUCUUUCCUUUCCUACCUGCAGGAACAGACAGGCCCGGGAUGGAUCCCUGUUACUGACCCUACUCAGGCCUGGGUAGGAAGUCAGCCUAAGUCCAGGCAGGCCAUGGACUCCAUGAUGUCAUCAGUACGUAAUGCUGUGGAUGGAGACAUGUCUUGUAUGUCCCAGGAGGCCUUGCUUCAGCCUGUGAGGGACAUGGGGCACUCUGAGAUCUUACGGGGCCACUUCAGAGGUACCCAGCCGUUUGAGAAGGGUUUGGGCUUCCCGCACAGGGUACCAGAGCUACGGGCCUGGGACGAGGUUCGCCUGAAGGGCCAGGGCGACGAGGUUGAAGAUCUUCCAGGAGAGCAAGUAAGCGAGGAACAAUUCACAGAUGAACAUGGGAACAUCGUCACAAAAAAGAUUGUGCGUAAGGUUGUGCGCAGGGGGAAGGGUUCAGGUGAGGAGGGAGUUCAGGAGGUGUGCAUGGAGGGUUCUCUGCAGGACGCCAAUGAGCUGGAGGCUGAUGCUGAGCAGUUCAUGAGCUACGCCAUUCUGGGCCGGGACGGCAGCAAGCCCGAUACUGUGGAUGUGAAGAAAGGUGCUCAGAUAGUGAAAUGUGCCAGUCUGCGGAGAGUUAAGCAGUGAGGCAGACUGAGUGCUGCGUCCCCUCAGAGGUCUCCGCAGGAUUCAACCCCUUCACCAGAACCAUCCUUUAUGGACACAUGACCAGAAGCAGCUGACAAGAGGAGGAACACUUAAAAAAGCAGACAGGCAGAAAUGAACAGCUGCAGACACCAACUUAAUGACAACUACAGCGGAUAUGCCGACUAUCAGCACGUUCCAGAAGAGAAGGAUACGGAUUUACCUGUAGUUUUUAUUACCUUCUUCUUUUUUUUUAAAGAAACUGUGGGGGGAAAAAAACAUCUAUUACUAGACUAGAUGCAUGAUUUCGUAUAAAACAAAAACCAAACACAAACAAACAAAAAAACUAGCAACCAAAACGUGCUUCCUGUUAUCUGUAUCAGCAUGAGUGACUGCUGCCGCAUGGCCUGUCUUAAACUACAAAUACUGAGGGAAUACAGGGGGGGGGGUAAAAGGGUCGGGAGGGAUGGGGAGGAGACACUGCUGUAUGGGACAGGCAUGCAUUGAAGGGUAUGUUCAAUCACUGGCCAGUUUUCUAAACCAACAGGGAAAAUGUAUCAAACUUAAGAAAAAGGGAGACUAAAAUAAUGAGGGUUACAUAAUCUCUAGGCAACAGGUUACUCCCCCUCCGACCUGGCACACUCUUCUGACCAUCACAAACUAGUUAUAAACCUGUCCCAGUGCUCUAAGUCCAGUAAAGCUACAAUUAUCAUAAGGAUAUUGGUGUUGUACAUAAUAUCGUAUGCACUAAAAUGCUCUACGUGACUGUGUUACGUGUGUUAUUUACGCUAUAAGAUCCCUAAGCGAUGCCACUGAUGCUGCUGUUUCAGGUACAUAAGAAAUUCCUCCCUGUUUUUCUUGUUUGGUUCGUUUUGGUCUGAACCUACGUAUUAUUCUAUAUAUCUCAAGAUCUUUGUGGGUACAAGAACAUACAAAUGUUGUGUCGCUCUGCCUGUUCUAAACGUCAGAUUUCUGUGUCCGGUUCUGUGUUUGUUUCUUUGUGCUUUUCAUGUGCUUUCACCCUUUGCUUUUGACAUGUCAAACUGUAGAGGGAAGACCGUAAAUCACUUACUUUACUGUGGGUUUUUGAGCUUUGGGAGGUAGGUUUCUGCAAUGGGCCUGCCUCGGCUUGUGAUAGUGAGAGAUGUGAUAAAUGACAGAUUAUUGUGAGAGAUUAGCCGACUCUACCAUCUCUCUACUGCGCCUUUAUUUUUGUCCACAGUGCACAGUAUCCUUGUGAAGUCUGUGUUAAACCGAUGUCUGUCUAAAAUCCCAAUACCUCUCUUCACUCCAUGUUGCCCUUAUCGCCCUACCUCCACCUCUCAACCCCUCGCCCCUUCAGUCAGCCUCUCAGAAUAGAUGUAGCAGUCCUGUCCACCUCCAGCAGGGGGCAGGAUCCCACCUUCAGCUCAUAGCAGUGUCUGUUUGACCUCAUCAUGCCGUAUCUGAUACCACCACCCAUUAUGUGCACCUAUAGACCAUCUCACCACCACCAGGAGAUGUCACUUGAUGGGGGUGAAGAUGGUGAAAAUUUAAUAAUGUAGCACAGGUUUGACUGGGUCAAAGACAAGGAGUCAGCAGGAGAAAGGAGAGUGUCGUGUCGAGAGUACAGGACGUGUUGAGCUUUGAUGUUUGUCUCCUUGGUAAUUCUUUGGAGUGUAGCAAAGACAGUCAGCCACCAAUCACUGUGAUGAGAAACUGUAAUACUGACCCGCAACUGUGAGCCUGACCCUUCCUGAAGCGUGUCUCUUGUCUCACCCACCUUCCUGUUCUUGUCUUUUCUUUCAUGAUUUACUGUCUUAACUGUACUCCAGAAGAAGCAAUAACUGCUAACAAAAAGAAAGGAUUGUUGUGAGGGUGCUCAAGUGUGCUUUUGUGUGAUGGAGGGAGCGUGUUACAGGAUCAUAGUUCAGUCUGUCCAUUACAGCUUUAGCCUACUCCUCACUACAAUCAAAAAUGAUGUCAGGACAUUAGUAUCCCACACUUUUCCUCUUUGGAAAAGAAAACUGUUACGUUAAAGUUUUACACUUAAGUUUGGGCAAAUGUUGGUAUGACUCAAUACCAGCCAUCCUCUCUGCAAAGUGCCCAGUGUCUGUUUUAAUAUGGUGUUCAGUCAUGGUUUUUAAACCUUAAUAACAUUCAUAUGCACCUUUUCAAUUUUAUUUUGUGUGUGUGUGUGUGUGUGUGUGUGUGUGUGUGUGUGUGUGUGUGUGUGUGUGUGUGUGUGUGUGAUAUUUUAAUAUCAUGUAUUCAGUCCUGGAUAGUGGGACAUGUCAAUGUUGUGAUAACAUAUCACAGGAAAAAUAUUGCAAAUGGACAAAGAGCAGCAGCUCUCAGAUUAUACUUGCAAUUCUAAUUCACAUAUUUUUAAACAUUUGUUUUAUCUCAGCAAGCGCACCAUCUCACAUGAUGUAAAUUACCUACAUGCAGUUCUUCCAAACAUUAUAUUUUAUGGAAGGAUAUGUAAGACACAAAACCCUUGCAAUAAACACCCAUCAAUAAGUGUUUAGUAUGGCUUCACAGCCAGAGAUGAUGAAUGUAAAGUCUAGGUAUACUGUAAGUCUUGUUAUAAAGUAGUCAUCUGUGUUGGCUCUGUACUUUAGUAGAUAAUAGGGUAUUCACUCUGUUGAUUCAACUCAGUAUCUGCUCUUGAUCAUCAAACAUGUGAGCUCAUUGUCAUUUCAUUGCAAACAUACAUACAAAUCAAGUAUGAAGAGAGGUUUUAUAGAGAGGCCUCAAAUGGGUUUUAUGACAUUUUAACAAAUGUCCCUUCAUGAGAUAUUAUUUCUCUUUUACUAUCUUUUCUAAUAACUACAAAAAAGUUGGAUGUCAGUAAAAAAGUACACUGCAGUGUAAUGGUGUUGUACCCCUCAUGUCAUAGCAUAUGGUUUGCUCUCGGAGGGCACAUAUUUAUGGUACACUAGCUUUGGUUUCUGAAGCAGGGGAUGUUUUAUAAAUAAACUGCUGAUGUCAGGGUUAGAGCGAGGGGGUGGGGAGUGAUUAAAAGACAACAAGGUGGAGCAUUUUGAAGCUGUAUGAAAUUGUGGGGAGGCUUGGUGGCUUCAAUGGCAAGCAUUUUUACUCAACACAGCCCACUCCUGAUCUACUUCUGCCCCCUUAUCGAAUACAAGAUUGAGCCGAUUCUAAGGCUUCUACGCGGUGACAGUUUCAUCGCAGUUUGAAAGGAGGAGUCCAACUAUGUGCAAGCAGAGUGAAGGAGUGGUUGCAUCGGAAAAAAUUAACAAUGGAAAAGCCAAGAUGAUGCCAUGCACCAAGUUCAUGCAAAAAUAUUAACUGUUGCAAAAACUAGAGAACACAUGUAUAUUCCUUUAGAAUGGAUUGAAGACAUUAUUAACGCAAUAGCAUAUUACUCAAUACUAAGGAAUGCAACUGCGCACAUGCACAGAAAAUGUUUUUAACAUAAAAGGCUAUAUAUAUAUGAAUAUAUAAAAAAAUAUAUAUAUAUUUACUUAGAAUGCUAUGCACCCUUACUUGUCAACUGGGAUUCUAGUUAUGUUAUGGAUGUACUUUUAGCAUCAUACAGCUGUAGCUACCAAGAGACUGUUGAGUUCUGGGUAACGCCUGCAACCUGGGGAUAAAUUGGGGUCUUGUGGGUAUUUUAACCUGUUUUGUUUUUGCUCUUUUUUUUUUAUUGUUAUGGAGAGUCAAACGAAGAAUUUAGAUUACACAUGUAAACGCCUUUUAAUCCAAUCAAAUCUGAGGACAUCUAUUGACAAUUUACUCUGUACACCAGCUCAACAUUUACAAAAUUAAUAAAGAAAUGAAAUGUA